UAAAUCAUUUUUAAUAGUAAGCUGUCUAAUUUUCAAUAAAUUCAAAUAGAAUUUCAAAUAAAUAUUGAUAAAAAGCUAAAUUUUCAUUAUUUAAUUAUUUUGCUAGUUAUGGAUGUUGAGUAAACACUGAAUGAGUAAUUCGCGAUAGAAAAUAGUUAAAAUUAUGAAUUAUACUCAAAGAAUGAGAAGCUUCCAAAUCUAAAUGUUAAAGAAAGUGAAGAGUUUAGAAUGCAUUUUUAUUUUAAGCAACCUUCUCCUAGGAAUAAAAAAAGAAUUAUUUCACCUUAUGAAAGUUAUAAUAUCACCUCUGUACUUAAAAGCAUAAGCAACGAAUAUAAUACUUAUAAAAAGAUAAUCUAACAAGUGAAUAAAUAACCAAAAUUUGCUAUUAAUUCAUAAAAAUUAAAAUUCACUAAUGCAAAAUAAUCAGAAGAGUUCUAAAGUUAUAGGCAUGAAUCAUUAGAAGGGUCUUUAAAUAAUUUAUAGCAUAAUAAUAUGAACAAAAUUAAAGAAUAUUUGAGAGUUUACAAUGUGAAUUCAUCUAAGCUUUCUAAUUCAAGGAUAAAUUUAGGUGCCAACAAAAGCUAUAAUACCCAAAAUACAAAAACUAACUCUACAAUUGAUAGAAUGUCUCAAAUGCUUAAUUAUUAAACAAACGCAUCGAUUGUGUCUUAAGAAGCUGAUCAAGUGUGUAUUGAAAAUGAAUAUUUUUAGCUUAGAUAAAAUUUUAAAAUGCAAACUGAAAACGAUGAUAUGAAAACACUAAACUAGAAUGAGUAACAAUAGGAAAAUAGAAAGUACUAAGUGUCUACUGAAAAUUGCUAAAAAUUGAAUAAAUCUGAAAUUUAUUCAAAGCUUAGAAGUUUUUCAUCAAUAAACUCAAAAAAUCCAUCUGAAUUCUAAGAAGACAAUAUAUUCAAGACAAAUAGGAGAGAUGCUUAAAAUAGGAAUAUUGAAAAUAGAAAAAAUACACACAAACUUAAAUUUAUAAAUAAAGAUGAUGUUCUUCUUAAGAAAGAAAUUUUGAUUUAGAAAGAUGACAGAUAAACAGAUUAAAGUGAAGAAAAAGUAUACAAUAGCUAAGAAAAUAAACACAUUAAUCAUACUACAAAUUAGAUUAUUCACUUACCAAUAAUUGAACACAAUAGCCAUAAUGAAGAGACUUAAGAAGAGAAUUCGAAAAGAAUAGAACAUUUAAAAAAAUAGGAUACAUUACUUGUAAAUAUGAACAAAAGAAACUCGUUAAUAAAAACACAAGAAACUCCUAAAAAUAAAUAUCAUGAAUAUAUUGGUGAUUAUAAUAUAGAAAGUAAAUAAUAAGCUUCAAAAGGAACAUUUUGUGCUAGUGAAAGCAAAAAAAAGAGCAUAGACUAAAAAAUAUCUAAAAAAUAACUUAAAAAUAUAGAAAAUCAAGUUAAUGAAAAUAAUAUCUCUUAAGAAUAUUAACCUAAAUAAAAAAAAUCUGAAGGUGAUAUAAGACGUUUAAGUUACGAUGGUGAUAUAGUGCACUACUCAAUUAAAAAUAGUCUUUAAAAAUAAAUAAUAUAGAUUGAAAAGAAAAACAAUUUCAUGAAAAUAAACUCUAAAGAUAUGCCAGAAGAUCCAAACAACUUUUUAGAAUUUAAAGCUUAGAAAGAAAUUGAAAAAUAAAAAAUCAAAAUAAAUAAGGAACAAAUAUUUUUGCUUGAGAAGAAAAAGGAAGAGUUUUAAAAAUUGAUUUAGCAAUAGUAAAAUUAGAUUCCAUAGAAUAAAAGUGAUAGAAAAAAUGUUCACUCUUCAAUGUAAUAUAGGUCUGAACAUAGGUAAAAAAAUCCAAGAUAAAUCUAUUCAAGAAUAUCUGAUGCUAAUCUUGGAGAUUAACUAUCUACCAAAAACUAGUAGAUUUCACCUUUAUAGCAAAUCAAUAAUAUAAACAAACUUCUUGACAGUCUAGAUGCUAAAAAAGAAAAACUACAUGCAGAUAUUAAUUAGCAAACCUCAUCUCCAAACAAAAAAAUUUCUAAAUCUGAUAAAAAGCAAUUAAAUAUUCUAGAUUAAAGUUAAAAAAAUAUUUAAAAAAAAUCAAAAAAAUCUAAGUAAUACGAAUUUUAAAAGAACGAUGCUAGUAUAACAACAUUAAAUAAUGAGAAAAAUGAAAAUGAGAUUAAAAAUGAAAAUAACGAAACGUUAGAACAUAAUUUAUCUGCUUAAGCUACUAACGAAAGCAAACAUCUGCAAGAGUUAAAAGAAAUAAAAUAAUUAAGCUUUUAAGAAGAAAGUACAAAUUGUGCAAAAUUAAAUAACAAAAUAGAAUCAUUAGAAAUAAAAUAGAAUUAGCCAGUUAAAAAUAAUAUCUCAAAUGAGGACUCUCCUAAUAAAUUUUAACCAUAAAAAAACAGAUAAGACAAUUAAUUUUAACUAGAAAAUAAAUCAAUAUGCAGUAUUUAAAAUGAUAGUGCUAAUGCUUAAUAAAAAUAAGCAAAUAAUAGUGUAAUAACAGAAAAAUAAUUAUUUACUCAAUAAUACGAAAGGAGAGUACUGAAAGAUAGAAACAAAAAUUAAAAAUCCUAUUCUGUAAGAUAAUCUCAAGAAGAGUGCUUAAAUUAAGAAAACUUAAAAUAAAUCAGAAGACAGCAAAAAUUUCAAUAAAUAAUGGAGUAUGAUACUUAAAAGAAGUUCACAGAAAUAUCUAAAAUCAUAGAUAGGAUGACAAAAAGUAGAGAUUAUAAAUUUAAGAAGAGUAAAGACAAGGAUUUUAAAGGAAAGUAAGUCACAUUUUAGCUUACAGAGAGUUAGCUCAACAGUGACUGA